UUUAGUUGUAACUUUUGUUCAGAAAAGUUAGAAUUUUUUUUAACGAACUUACAUAUCAUAAACACUUUCUCGUGACCCUAUUCGGGUUAAUUCUGUAUAAAUUCUUGAAUGAGAAACAGAAGUAAUUUAAAUAGGCAAAGCAUAUAUCACCAUCGCUCUCUCUUCUUCUUCUUCUUCUUCUCUCUCUCUCUCUCUCUAUAACCCCUCAUAGUUGUUACUCAUCUUCCACAUAAACCUCUCUCAUUGAACAAAACGGAGAUUAAAAAAAAAAAGUAUUUACUCAUUCUCGCAUGUGGAUAAUAUCCACUCCAGAAUUUAAGGAGUACAACUACUACUUUCUCUCUCACACACACACACAAAAAAAAAAACUUAACCUUGAUUCAUCAUCAUCAUCAUCAUCUUAUAAAAAUUUGUAAAUAAGAGAGAAGAGAAAGAAGGAAAAAGAAAUCAGGGUAGGUAGGUAGGUAGGUAGGUAGGUGUUGGAUUUGGAUCUCUUCUUAUUAUCAGUGUGGCGGCAUUAUUAUUACAUGGAGUUGUACUUAAGAGAAAUAGAAGGGAAACAAGCCCAUGAUCCUGUUAUUAUGGUAGAGGAUGAUUUGAAAAGCAUGAGGAGGAGGAGAUGUUGCUGUGUUUAUGUGGCGGGUCCGGUGAUCGUGGGAGCGGGGCCAUCGGGUCUAGCGGUGGCGGCAUGCCUGAAAGAAAAAGGGGUGCCCAGCGUUGUGCUUGAAAGAUCCAACUGCAUAGCUUCCCUUUGGCAGUUGAAGACUUACGACAGACUUAGUCUCCAUUUGCCAAAACACUUUUGUGAGCUUCCAUUCAUGUCGUUUCCAUCUGAUUUCCCAACCUAUCCAUCCAAACGACAGUUCGUACAGUACUUGGAGGAGUACGCGGAGAGGUUCCAUAUUAGGCCGCGUUUCAAUCAAACGGUGUCAUCGGCGGAGUACGACAACACAGUGGGGUUGUGGCGAGUGAGGACGAGCGAGAGCGAGUACGUGUGCCGGUGGGUGAUAGUUGCUACUGGGGAGAAUGCGGAGGCGCUUGAGCCGGAGAUUAAAGGGAUUGGGGAGUUUGGUGGGCCCAUAAGGCACACCAGCUUGUAUAAGAGUGGCCAUGAAUUUCGAGGGAAGAGAGUUUUGGUGGUUGGUUGUGGCAAUUCUGGGAUGGAGGUCUGUUUGGAUCUAUGCAAUUAUAAUGCUUCUCCUGCUCUUGUCGUUAGGGACAAAGUACACAUCCUACCACGAGAGAUGCUGGGAAAAUCCACUUUCGGGGUGUCCAUGUGGUUGCUCAAGUGGUUGCCCAUACGACUUGUCGAUCGCUUCCUUCUAAUCGUGUCGAGGCUCAUAUUAGGCGACACCUCUCUCUUCGGAUUGGACCGCCCUCCUUUGGGUCCCUUAGAGCUCAAGAACUUGUCCGGAAAGACCCCAGUUUUAGACGUUGGCACACUUGCCAUGAUCAAAAGUGGAGACAUUCAAGUAUUUCCAGGUAUAAAGCGGCUAAAACGACAUAGAGUGGAAUUCGUGGAUGGAACAACAGAGAAAUUUGAUGCAAUCAUAUUGGCAACAGGUUACAGAAGCAACGUACCCUCUUGGUUAAAGGAAGGAGAAAUGUUUUCAAAAAAAGAUGGAUUGCCAAAAAGGCCAUUUCCUAAUGGAUGGAAAGGAGAGAGUGGGCUUUAUGCGGUGGGGUUCACAAAGCGUGGACUCCUUGGGGCAUCAAUGGACGCCAAAAGAAUAGCAGAAGAUAUCCAACGGUGUUGGAUUGCUAACACAUCAACUACAACUACGACCUAUAGCUACUUGUCAUAAUAAUAAUCAUCAUCUCACAAUAUAUAAAUUUUUAUACCCAAAAACAAAAA